CACGCAACGGGCUACUAUCGUCAUCAAUCUCGAAGUGUGCCAUUGAAUCUACAACCUCCAUAUUCCGAAACGCCAUCUUAUCUUCAUACAGUCUACGAAACCACAAGCAAGAUGGAUUCAGACAAAGCCACCAUGCAACGCAAAGUCAGGGACACGUUGGCCAAGUAUCAAGGGGAUGACUAUAUUGACGGCUGGGCUGAACUCUGGGAUAAGAACGACAAUUUGCCUUGGGACAAGGGUAUUCCUAAUCCCGCAUUGGAAGAUGCCCUCACUCAGCAGCGCGCGACCCUCGGAGGUCCAAUUGCCACGGAUGCACAGGGAGCAACCUACAGAAAGAAAGCACUGGUUCCCGGCUGUGGCAGAGGAGUGGAUGUGCUUCUUCUUGCCAGCUUUGGCUACGAUGCCUAUGGACUGGAGUAUAGCGAUGCUGCACUCAAGAUUUGUGAGAGCGAGGCGGCUCAGAAUGGGGACAAGUACCCUGUCCGAGAUUCUGGAAUAGGUCGAGGAAAGAUUGCGUUCGUGCAAGGCGACUUUUUCAAGAAUGACUGGUUGGAGAGUCUACAACUACCGCUUAACUGCUUUGACUUGAUAUACGAUUAUACGUUCUUCUGCGCACUAAAUCCAACGAUGCGACCAAAUUGGGCUUUGCGACACACCCAGCUUCUGGCGCCUUCACCGUGCGGCAAUCUAAUCUGCUUAGAGUUUCCAAGGCACAAGGACCCGACGCAACAGGGACCCCCUUGGGGAGUCUCAUCGGAGGCCUACAUGGAGCAUUUGAGUCACCCGGGUGAACAGAUCCCGUAUGACGCCCAGGGUCGAUGCAAGAUGGAUCCUCUUCGCGAGCCAAGCGAGCAUGGUCUCGAGCGCGUGGCGUACUUCCAGCCUGCUCGGACACAUGAAGGUGGUAAGGACAGCAACGGGGUGGUCCAAGAUCGAGUCUCCGUAUGGCGCCAUCGGUAGUGCGCUUGUGGGUGGAACUCGAGACGGAUACACAUCAUCAUGAAUCAGUCAAAUCCCUGAUGGAUCCACCGGUCUGAUUCGCUCAAAUUGAUUCUCGCUUCCGC